UACAAAUAUUUGCACCGGAACAAACCUACCACUCCAUAGCUACCGCCCGUCGCCCUCCGUUCAACGGAGUUAUUGCGCAAGUUUUUUCCAUGGAGUGGUUUCACGGGUUUGGUUGGGCGCGGGCGGGUACACUGUAAAGUUCUGCCCCUUUAAAAUUCGAGCGCCGCCCUUUCUUCUUCUUCGAGACUGAUGGCUAGCCGCCGUGAGUUCAGAUAAGUGGAAAUCAACGAUGGAAGCCCAGGAGACUUCCAAGCAUAUUCUGUCGCCGCGCAUUCCUCCUCCUCGAUGCAUCUUACCGUAUUGUAGCAGCCGGAAGCUUUCGGGGGCUCAUAAAUCAUAAUAUAAUGGGGAAAUCGAAACCCUAUCGCCGUCAAUUUGAUUUUUUCACCAUCAGGGAAGGGGGGAAUUCGAAGCUCUUUACUGCCCACCAUCCAUUUCGUGCCUUCACUUCCGAGGGUUCUGAGGAGGAAUAGGAAUUCGGUUUCAGAAGGGCUUAACCACUUCGCUUUUGCUUUCAGAAGAGCUUACAAAUGAAGGAGCGUGGUUGACUGGUUGUGUAGUAGACGUCCUAGAGCCGGAACCCUAGCCCUCUUUCUAAAAGCGCCAGGCGUGUCAUCAUCUUGCUCAAUAACCUAAACGAAGAAUUCCCCUGGCUUUCCCCGUGUUUGAUGAGGUAAUCCCCUGAAUCUCAUUUGCAUAUGCAUAUGAAGAGAUCAUGUAGUUUCAGAAUUUGUACAAUUCCUGCAUAAUCGAAUGUGGAGUGUUGAAUUCCGUAUCCUGAUUGAUUGAUUGAUUGAUUGAUUAUGGUAUGAAGCUAUCUGCUUUGGUCUUCUUUGUCGAAUUGGUCUGACUGUCUUGAUUCCUGAGUGAGAAAGUUGGUCUUGAAAUCUCGAAAAUUACUCAAUGACUUUUGGUGUCAUUAUCUCUUCAGAUGAUUAGUUAAGAUAUACUUGAAGCAGACGUCAACGUUCUGUGCUUGCAACUCAACCUAUCUCCGAUGGUAGAAGUUCCAUAUCGCUGUUGCCACUCUCGAAACUUAAUCGCUCCUAAGCGUGCCUUUCAUUCUUACAGCAAUAAUAGGGGGAUGAUUGCAAGUGAGAAUGAUUGAUGCAAAAUAAAUUGCAUUUUCCACAUAAAAUCCGAGGUGGAAGUACGAGCUCCUAGAGGUUCAUACAAGUAACUUACUUGGUUUACUGCUUUCACUCUCUCUGUGUCUUUUGUAGUCUUAUGUUCGUGUUGUUACAUGUAACUGCUUUUUCCUAUUUUCAGAAUAUCCUCUCCGGAGACUCAUAAUAAUAAUAAGUGCACUUUUCUUUUAUCUUAAGGAGAUUAGGGUACUUCAUUGGUUGAAAAUCUAUACUACACUUGAAUCAGAGAGCUCUAUCAAUCUUUUUAAGUGAUGUCUUCUAACCUCUGAUAGUAUUUGACUCCGCCGAUCUCUUUAUGUGAUGUCUGUCAGCAACGAAACUGUAUAAUGAUUGAUGGCAUUCUUGAGAGGUUCAGUUGUGCACUUAGGAAGAUGGAGACUCAAUAUACCACUGCAAAGCAUACUACAGUCGGCACCUGGCCAUCAAGUUGGUUAAUGUUUUCAAGAUCGUCCGGGAUUUCUCGUUGCAAGUUGGUGAGUGAAAGAUCAACUUCUCAAACGCUUUUCAAGGAAGCUACAGUUGGAAGGAUGACACUCUUGAACAAGUUUACUCUGCAAAUAGAGAUACUGCAAGCUCUUGCAAUUCCCAAUGCUACUUGGAAUUAUCCCUCUCAGCUGCUUAGAUUCUCCAACUUCAGUAAGUGAGUCGUACUAGUUUAUUAUUACAAUACAUAUUUGUUUUUCUU